AUGGAAAAUGAUACAGACAUUCGUGAACAAUUAUUUCACAAUACGGUUCGUGAAAACGUUAUAUUUUUGAUUCUUUUUAUAGUCCUGUAUAUUAUUAGUUUUACUAUUUUGGGACAAUUAGGGAAAAAAGAAGGGGAGCAGUGUUCUUCAACCGAUAGUGAUGAUGUUGCCGUUUACAAUAUAAGCUUCUGGUUGUGUUCAUUUUCCUUUUCUGUGUCUACAGGUGCAGCCUUGUUACUCCCUAUUUCAAUUAUCAGUAAUGAGGUUUUACUUCUUUAUCCUAAUAGUUACUAUGUUAAAUGGUUAAAUAGCUCAUUAAUUCAAGGCCUUUGGAAUCAUGUUUUUCUUUUUUCAAAUUUAUCAUUAUUUAUUUUACUUCCAUUCGCAUAUUUGUUUAUGGAGUCAGAAGGAUUUCCAGGCUCCAAAAAGGGUUUGUGGGCUAGGGCCUAUGAAACAUUUACUGUAUUAUGCUUAGUAGCUGUGUUAGUCUUAGGAAUGACUUACAUUAUGUCAGCUCUUAUUGAUGGUGAUAUUUCAGGCAGGCAAACACUGUUUAUAUGCACUCCAUUGGGUUUUGUUAGGCUUUUUACUGUUGUAGGACAAUUUUUAUUUAAACCUCAAUUUCUGAGAGAUAUUAAUGAAGAGUACAAUUUGACAAAACUUGAAGAAGACUGUAUCAGAAGACGACUGGAAAAUGUCCAAAAAAAUGGUAAAGCAUACAUAUCGCCUCCACCAAUAUUUCCAUCCAUGUUUGAAAGUGUUACAGGUGAAGAUGACAUUUUAGAAAAUACUCCGAAAAAAAAAAAAUUAUUUUCACUUCAAAAUGGAGCUUUACAAAUGGGACUGAAAUUAAUGCUUUCGAAAGUUGAAAAAAAAACAAAAUUACUGGAUGUGCAAAGAAGAGCUUCAUUAAUACAAAGGAAUUUUGUUUAUCCUGGAUGCAUGCUCCUACUUUUUGCAUUGACAGGAAUCGCCGUUCUAAUUGUUGUGCAAAACACUUUAGAAUUAUUAAUUGGAAUCAAAGCUUUACCUUUAAGCACUAGACAAUUCAGCUUGGGUAUAAGUUCCUUAUCGAAAUUGGGGCCUUUUGGAGCUGCUAUUGAAAUUGUAUUAAUAUUAUAUAUGCAAGCCACAAGCUCUGUUGGGCUUUACACGUUGCCAUUUAUAAAAAAAUUUCAGCCAAAAUUAAACAAUACUCCAUUAUCUCAUACCAUUGCCAAUUGUGCACUUUUGCUCAUUCUCAGUUCGGCUCUUCCUCUAAUAUCAAGAAUAUUAGGUAUUACAAACUUUGAUUUAAUGGGAGAUUUUGGUAAAAUAGUUUGGCUGGGUAAUUUUAAAAUAGUUUUAAUGUACAAUGUUUUAUUUGCUGGUGCGGCCACAUUGUGCCUUACAAAUAAAUUUACAACAACCGUAAGAAGAGAGCUUUUUAGAAGACUUCGAGGUUUUGCUUCAGCCAUAUUUAGUGAUGACACGACAAGACACAUUCAAAUAACUCCUUCACCUUCUCAUUCAUUAAAAGAAGACUGA